GGACUUUAUGACAACCUUCAAAAGAGUUGUAUCCUGGAAAUUACCACCCGAAUCUGACCCACUACUUCAUCCAGAUGCUUUAUAACAAAGGCCAGCUAUUGCGGCUGUAUACACAAAAUAUCGAUGGACUUGAGCGAAUGGCAGGUAUUCCAGCUAAGAUGUUAGUGGAGGCACAUGGAACAUUUGCUACAGCCACUUGCACAGUGUGUCGUAGGGAUUACAAAGGAGAAGAACUGCGGAAUGAUAUAAUGGAAGGAACAGUGCCUCAUUGCCCCAAGUGUAAAGGUGUCAUUAAACCUGACAUUGUGUUUUUUGGUGAAGAACUACCAAAGCAUUUUUUUCACUAUGUUACUGACUUUCCCAUGGCAGACCUACUUAUUGUAAUGGGAACAUCUUUAGAGGUGGAGCCAUUUUCCAGCUUAGCUGGAGCUGUUCGAGGUUCUGUUCCUCGCUUGUUGAUAAAUCGUGAUCUGGUGGGACCGUUUGCUUAUGGGUCACGGUAUAAUGACGUGUCCGAGCUGGGUGAUGUAGUGAGUGGGGUGAGGAUGCUGGCAGAAUUAUUGGGCUGGAUGCCUGAGCUAGAGGCUAUUAUACAAGCUCAGAAGGCUUCAAGGAAAGACUAAUGACUUUUGGGACACAAGAGACCAGCUUCAUUACUGGCAUUCAUAUUUAGUGCACUGACAUUAAGCAAAACUGGACAGAAUAGCUACCCGCCGCUUUUGUAAUGAGCAUAAUGGCACACUGCACACUGUUAAGACUGUGAUGAACACAUUGCUCUAUCGCACAGCACUUUUUCUGUUGCUUUAGGCCUUGAUAUACCCCUCCAGUAGUAUUAGGGAAUGGCUUAUGUGUUAAUUAGCCAGUCAAAAUAAUUGAAUUAUAUUUUAUGAUACUUUAGCUGGAGGUCCUGUAGUAGAGUUAUUGACAUGCCAUUAUGACCACAAGGCUCUAAAAGUUUUCAGAUAUCUUGUAUGAGGUACAUUUUCACACAACAGCAGAUUAACUUUGACAUAGUUAUUAAAGGGUCAAAUCAGAUGGCAGUGUUCUGUGAUGCCAGCCAGAAUGCCUAAGGAGAAUUUGUCUAAGAAAGUCUUUACCAAAAGCUGCCGAUAAACAGGAGAAAGAAACGUUGACCUGUGAGCCUUCCUAAAACCUGCUCAUAAGUUUAAUCCAUAACAUUGGACAUAAUUUUUCAGAAAUAGACU